AUGAGUGCUAUUGGUGACAUGUUCAAUUUACCUUGCAGCAUCACUUCAAAACAAGAUCCAGAGGUGGUUUCCAUGGAGGCAAUACAGCUCUCAACACAGGGUGCAGAGCGGCAGAGAAAAGAUGUGAUGAAGCUAGCAGCUCGGUUCGAGCAAAUGAUGCGUGAUCGGAGGCACGACGAAUCUACGAAGGACCUCAAUGAUGAAGAAUUGCUGUCUAUGUUGAUACAGCGUUACAACAGCUACAAGGCCAACUCAGCGUUGAGGAAGUGGCAGCUGAAUGCCGAUGCUCAGGCUGCUAUCUUUGGAGUGAUCCGAGGCAUGUGCCCUGAAGCGCGCGCGCUUGUGCGUGCACAUUUGGACUUUAACAAGUACACGGAAUCUGCCUACAACGAGUCCAUCCUCCGCAGCAAGCGACAUCAACUUCAUGAGGCUCCCAAAGGAUGCCCACCAGCAUGGAUUGACAAGCUCACUGUCACGAAGGAAGCACAGAUCUUACAUUUCAGAAGAUACAACAUAUGGUGGGCAGCCAACAGCAAGCGUAUGAAACCUUCUAUGAGAACACGGCUACGCUGGAGCGAAGAAGUUUGGGGGCGAAGUGUGGAGAUGGCCUGCCUCACAGUUUGGGCAGUCAAUGAGGCAGCCAAAAAUCCAAGAGAUCUUUGGUUUGGUGGAGUCAAACUUUGUUUUGUAUGUUUUGUUCUUCCUGUUAGCUGUUCUCAUCACCCACCAUACAAAACAAGGUGA